AUGGCAAGUAGAUCAGGAAGUGCCAGCAAAUCAGGCAAUAGCAGAGGUCGGCUUAAUCGCAAAAGUAUAUCAGUUGAUGAAACAGAAGCAAACCCUGAAGGAAAUGAAGGUCGUUUUAAUCGCAAGGAUAAGUCAACUGCUGAAACGCCUACAAACCGCGAAGGAAAGUACAACUAUUGGAUUCCAAGAAAAACCGAAAUUUUGCUCAAACUCGUGAAUGCCGAGUUAGAAGCAAAGGACUAUGCAAUAAGGUUGCCAGACAAUCCCGGAAAGAGAAGAAUAGAAGAGAAGUACUAUGAAAUGACUGGUGAUAAAAUUGUUUUUUAUCCAGAGAUGAGUAAUAGGCUAGAUUAUAUGCGCCGGUUGCGAUAUCAUUACAAUCUCUUACUUGAGCGUACUGGUAUUCAUGUUAAUCCAAUGGGACAGAUAGAGAUGUCUCAAUCAUGGUGGGACGAUAGAAUUGCGGAAGCUGGAAAAAAUGGAAAAUUUGUAAAGGUGUUGCAGAGCAAACCUCUUCCUUUUAAAGAGCUACUCGAUCAGAUUUAUGGUGAACAUGAUUUGGAUCAAGAUGUACGUUUUUCUCCGUUCAUGCUCGGCGAGCAUAUCCAACAAACGCAAGUUGAGGAAGCUAGUGAUGAUGAAAUAGCAGUGGGAGAAACAGCAGAUGAUAAUGGAAUCCAAGUUGCUUUCGAACCGAUGAACCUUAGAGUGUCAGAUGAUGAAGUUCCCACUAGAGAGCAAGUACAAUGUUCCCCACCACAUGCAAAUAGGUCGAGCAUGUGUGUCCGAAGUGCACCUACUAAACGGACGAAUAGAAGAAGAGUCAAUUUCGAGACACAAAUCCAAAGUGGAUUCCAACGUAUGGAGGAGUCUCGCACCAGCUUGUUAGAUGUUUUUCGGUCACGACACCACCAGAAAGCAACUUUUGGUGAUGCUUUGGCUGUGUUAGAAACAUUAGAAAUUGAACCGAUGGGAAAGUUUUGGUGGGCUGCAAAUGGGUUGCUGAUGAACGACGAGGAUAUCCGUGACGGGUUUAUGAAGCUACGUAGUGAAGAGAAUAAAAUCCGGUAUUUAGAGAGGCUAAUUGGUGUUGAUAGAUUUGGUGAUCCAUGCCAAAUAAUCAACCUAAGAGAGACAAGCAACAUUCCAACUUCUUCUAUCGCGGUUUCUCAUUCCCAUAUGGCUGGAUUUAACACUAGUGCUUCCACAAGCUUUGGUCCAGGACUAGGAAUGUUUGAGACAACAUCUUCUGCAACUAGUUUUACGUCAUUGCUUGGGGUUCUCCCACCUAGUUCGAUAGGUUUAAGUUCUGGUUAUGGAUCUCAUUUAGCUUAG